UAUGCAGGGCAUUACAGAGUGAGUGGGGCUAUGCAGGGCAUUACGGAGUGAGUGGGGCUAUGCAGGGCAUUACAGAGUGAGUGGGGCUAUGCAGGGCAUUACAGGGUGAGUCACCACUCCAUGCACAAUGGUCCUGGCUCUAGCUAAUUGUUUGGCCCACAGCCUGGGACACAAUCUGAGAAUAUUUAGGCCCCUGAGGUGACCUGAUAAGAUCAGAUGGGUAGCAAUAUAAAAUAUCUCCACUUUGCUCUCUGAUUGGCUAGAUGGAAUUGCUGCCAAGUUGGCAAUGGAAGUUCCAAAACAAUUGCAUUGCAACCAACGAGCUUAUCUAUGGUGAAUAAAUCCUCCCCAAAACCAAAGUUUUCUAUAUACGUUACACAGGUGAUGGCCUAGUAGGUUACUGUUGUACAACAGAGUGGUUGCGUGCAACAGUAAGUGCUACAGUAAGUUGAUUAGCUGAAGUUAAUUUGCCUGUCCACCCACUGGGCAGCAGGUAGCCUAGCGGUUAAGAGUAUUGGGCCAGUAACCAAAAGGUCGCUAGUUUGAAUCCCCAAGGUAGUUAAGCCCCAACAAGAACUGCUCCCUGGGUGCUGAUAAUGUUGAUUAAUUAAUUCACAUUUCGGUUGAAUGCAUUCAGUUGUGCAGGUAUCCCUUUCCCAUUAUUAAGCUGAAUUGAGGGUCAUUGACCUACAUUUUCUGUUAUGUAACUGUUAAAGCCCCCCUGUAUUUUUUAAAACUUUUGUCCAAAAUGCCUAGUCUGAUCCUGUGGGCUUUAGGAAACAAAUUUGAAGAUAUUUAUAUACACAGCCAUGAUUGGCUGAUGGACUAGAGCCUACCCCCUUACCCAGAUCAACGGUCAUUGGUCUAUUAUGAUCAGAUCAGAUUGUGACAUCAUGAUCUGGUCCAAAAAUUCCAUCCCACCUGACCAGGCUGAAAUUCCAGCCAUUUUUUCAAAUAGUUCUUCCACAAAAAGUGUAUUAUCAUAAUCUUCCAAAUUUAAUAGUGUAGACAUAUAAUUUAAAAAACUGCGAAAUCUAGUUUUAAAUUGCAGUGCCCCUUGUAACCCUGAACCGCCCUUGCUGUCUCUGCCUGGCCGGUUCCCCUCUCUCCACUGGGAUUCUCUGCCUCUAACCCUAUUACAGGGGCUGAGUCACUGGCUUACUGGUGCUCUUCCAUGCCGUCCCUAGGAGGGGUGCGUCACUUGAGUGGGUUGAGUCACUGAUGUGAUCUUCCUGUCUGGGUUGGCGCUCCCCCUUGGGUUGUGCCGUGGCGGAGAUCUUUGUGGGCUUGUCUCAAGAUGGUAAGUUGAUGGUUGAAGAUAUCCCUCUUGUGGUGUGGGGGCUGUGCUUUGACAAGGUGGGUGGGGUUAUAUCCUGCCUGUUUGGUCCUGUCCGGGGUAUCAUCGGAUGGGGCCACAGUCUCUCCAGACCCCUCCUGUCUCAGCCUCCAGUUUUUAUGCUGCGGUAGUUUAUGUGUUGGGGGCUAGGGUCAGUCUGUUAUAUCUGGAGUAUUUCUCCUGUCUUAUCCGGUGUCCUGUGUGAAUUUAAGUAUGCUCUCUAAUUCUCUCUUUUUUUCUCUCUCUCGGAGGACCUGAGCCCUAGGACCAUGUCCCAGGACUACCUGGCAUGAUGACUCCUUGCUGGAGUGCUACCCGUCCCAGACCGCAGGAGUGGUAGCCAAUCAUUGAGAGUAUCUCUAUGAAAAGCCAACUGACAUUUACUCCUGAGGUGCUGACUUGCUGCACCCUCGACAACUACUGUGAUUAUUAUUAUUUGACCAUGCUGGUCAUUCAUGAAGGUUUGAACAUCUUGGCCAUGUUCUGUUAUAAUCUCCACCCGGCACAGCCAGAAGAGGACUGGCCACCCCACAUAGCCUGGUUCCUCUCUAGGUUUCUUCCUAGGUUUUGGCCUUUCUAGGGAGUUUUUCCUAGCCACCGUGCUUCUACACCUGCAUUGCUUGCUGUUUGAGGUUUUAGGCUGGGUUUCUGUACAGCACUUUGAGACAUCAGCUGAUGUACGAAGGGCUAUAUAAAUGAAUUUGAUUUGAUUUGAUUUUGAGAUACUCUACCUCUGCCGAGCAAUAGCUCGAGACUUCCUUGGAUAUCGUGCACCAGCUGUUAUUUACAAAAAUACAUAGUCCUCUACCCCUUGUCUUACCAGACGUCGCUCUUCUAUCCUGCCGGUACACACAGUAUUGUGUGUAGAUUGAUGAGGAUGUUUUUUUUUUCAUUCAUUUUAGAAGAAGGCUGUAACGUAACAAUGUGGAAAAAGUCAAGGUGUCUGAAUACUUUCCAAAUGCACUUCAUGUAUAGCAUGAAGCCAUGGCAUCUAUGGGUCAAAGGUUGACAGUGCGAUGCUAAUCUAAUUUCUAAUUUCUGUGUGUGUGUACCCAGGUUGUGUAUUUAUAACAUAUAUGGUAAUACUGGGACCUGAAUUGCUUGACGUUAUCUGAGGUGAGGCUCCCUAAAUUCAGACAGCACCUAUUUUGCCCUGAUGAUUUUUAUUUAACUAGGCAAGUCAGUUAAGAACACAUUGUUAUUUACAAUGAUGGCCUACCAGAAGGCAAAAGGCCUCCUUCGGGGGUUGGGAUAAAAUAAUAUAGGACAAAACACACAUCACAACAAGAGAGACACCUCAACACUACAUAAAGACCUAAGACAACAACAUAGCAUGGCAGCAAAACAUGACAACAUGGCAGCAGCACAACAUGGUAGCAGCACAAAACAAACAUGAUUGGGCACUGACAACAGCACAAAGGCCAAGAAGGUAGAGACAACAAUACAUAACACGAAGCAACGACAAUUGUCAGUAAGAGUGUCCAUGACUGGGUCUUUGAAUGAAGAGAUGGAGAUAAAACUGUCCAGUUUGAGUGUUUGUUGCAGCUCGUUCCAGUCGCUAGCUGCAGGAAACUGAAAAGAAGAGCGACCCAGGGAUGUGUGUGCUUUGGGGACCUUUAACAGAAUGUGACUGGCAGAACGGGUGUUGUAUGUAGAAGAUAUCUCAGAUAGGGGGGUGUGAGGCCUAAGAGGGUUUUAUAAAUAAGCAUCAACCAGUGGGUCUUGCGACGGGUAUACAGUUUACAGAGGACUAUAGAGUGCAGUGAUGUGUCCUAUAAGGAGCAUUAGUGGCAAAUCUGAUGGCCGAAUGGUAAAGAACAUCUAGCCGCUCGAGAGCACCCUUACCUGCCGAUCUAUAAAUGUACAUUUCCGUAAUCUGGCAUGGGUAGGAUGGUCAUCUGAUUCAGGGUUAUUUUGGCAGCUGGGGUGAAAGAGGAGCGAUUACGAUAGAGGCUAUUACAUAUGUUUUUAUAAAUGCUUCUCCAAUUUCAUUGUGCAGUGAACCAACUUUACUGGACCAGUCUCGUUGACACAACAUGAAUGAAUGAAUGAUCAAGGGGCUGGCUAAAGCACAAACAGAUCUGGCUAUGGCAUUAUGGGCAAGAUCUCAAUUGCAUACUCCUCUCCUCGUCUCCUCAAAACCCAUCGGAUGAGAACCAGAGGUCCCUUCCCUCUGACCUUCUCCUCCAAUGGGUUUUGAGGAGGUGGCAAGGAGAGAGGAUGCGAGGAGUAUGCAAUUGAGAUUCUCCCAUGGUUGAGCUCAGUUUCCUGGUCUAGGUCACAUGGUCAAGAAGAACGCCUGACCCUAUAGGCUAUAUGAGGGAUAAAAACAGUGCUGAGCGACUGGUUCCUUUAGGUUAUUGUCCAGCUGAAAGGUGGACAAGGUGGAUCAUACACCUGAAUUAACAUUACCCCCAGAUUUAGUCCGCAAGAUGAUUCUUAAUUGAACCACUGGUGAUGUAGGCUAUCCAUUAGUUCUAAUGAAAGUCUGAAAAAAUAGGCCUCAGCCAGCCCCAGCCUUGAGAUGAGGUUAGUUUUGACCAGGAUUGUCUGCUACCUGUCUUCAUUAAUGGAGGAGCCUAUCUUUGCACUUAAAGCCAUAUCUCUCUGCGGGUGGCCUCUUCACCCUUCCCCCCUUUCCCCUCUCUCUCCUUCCACGUUUCCCUCGCACUAAGCACCCUUUCCAGUAUUACACCAGUAUCUUCUUGACAAGCUGCUAUAAAGGGCUUAGCAAACAAGAUUAGAGAACAAAAUCUCUCUCAAUGGGCCAUCUGCCUAGCUGAGCCUGAGCCCUGACCUGGAGCUGUUCGGUAGCACCAUGGAACACACCUUCCUCAGCCGACAUAAGCAAGGAGGAGAGAAUCACUUCAGAAUGACUGGUUAAAAAAACAUAUACAUUUUCUGGAUUCUGAACUAUGCAAACUCAUAAGGAGGGCCUAACAUUGUUGUACGAUUUCAAAGGAAGUACCUGUCAUGUCAACGUGACCCCUUUUCAACCCUUCGGAGUUAAAACCACUACGGAUUUAAGAUGUCGGACUCUUCAUUGAAAUGCCUUUUGUGUACACUUUCGUUCAUCUUAGCGUUUGAACUCUUGGGAGUAAGAACAGACGCUGCAUCUGGGGAAGGACCUCUUCUUCCUGACGGACAGGAUCUAUAUUACAAAACAGUUAGAAUAUCACCUAUUCUAUCGGUUCCUCAAAGCAUAGUUCAUUCACCUCUCCUCAAGGUCUCACACAAGGACCAUGGCGCUAUCCUCCGGCAGAAGCGCAACGUGCUUUUCCCCAGCGGGGUCAAACUUUGUGCUGAAGAGAGCGUGCAACAAUCCAUUUCAAAUCACCUCAGCUACUUUCACCUGCGAGUGUGUCAGGAGACGGUGUGGGAGGCCUUCAAGAUCUUCUGGGACCGCCUCCCAAACCAGGAAGAGUACCAGACCUGGAUGAGCCAAUGCCUGGACGGCACAGCCACUGCUCUGGCGAUGGGCAAAAACUUUAGCCAAUCAAAGGAGCACCUGGCCCUGGUUGAGAGUAGAAUGUGGCUGACAGGGUCAACAAGUGAGCCCAACAACUCAUGGCUACAUAUGUGCAGCACCUCAACUCCAGCCACAGAACAGGAGGCUCAAGGAGAGGUCAUCAGAGAAGGGGCAGAGGUGGAGCUUCCCACAGAACCCACCAAUGACAUAGAGAUGGAAGUGUUGGAGUGGCCUACUCGGGCCCAGUUGGAGCAGGUGGUUGAGCUGAGUAUCUUGCUGAAGGGAGAGAGGUACAGCGAUGCUCUAAGAGACACUGCCAGCUUCCAGUACCAGACACUCAACCAGCAGUUCAUUGACAAGAUAGAAGAUGCUCUGGGGGGACUGCCAGGCUUGAAGAGUGUGACUGUGCUGGAGUUCAGGUUUCAGAAGGAUGCCCAAGGGUUGGAUGGCGUAGUGGUGGUCUAUGCGGUGACGGUGGAGGUGGACGGGGAGGGGGUGAGCAGUGAGCAGUUGGACUACCUGACCCUGCAGUCCAACCUGGUGGAGAACUCCUACAGAGAGCUGAAGGAGAGGCCCACAGUGGUCUACAACAUCACUGACUUCAGGAACAACAUCACUGAGGCCCUGCUAAAUGACAACAUCAUCAGAGACACAACCCUGGCCCUGGACCCUGACUUACUGCAUCUAGAGAGUGUGUCUAGUGUUCCUGAGUCCAUCGAGUCCACGGCUGGAAUUACCAAGGAUGACUGCUUGGAGGAAAUCUUGGCUACUGAGAUGACCCCAGAUGCCUCUGAGGUUAAAGCUGAGGAUGUGGCGACAGGGGAGAAUGAUGUCAUCGUUCUGGAGGAGAGUGUGACCCUCCCCCCUGAGCCAGAGGUGACCAUCGAUGACACGGGGAUGGAGGAGGAGGGUCUGCUGUUGGGGAACACUGUGGCUAUAGAGAGCCCUCCCCUGGAGCUCCUCCCUGCAGACCCUAUCUCCCCCGAGCAGCCAGAGGGCACUACGCUCCCCAAGCCUCCUCUGGAGAUAGAGGCCUCUGGGUCAGGUGUUGACAGACUUGAGGACCUGCCCUUCCAGCCCGAGGAAGAAGAAGAGCCAGCCUCAGCUGCAGAAGAGGAACAUACCAUAGAAGAAGAGGUAGUUUUGGAAGAGGUGAUCAUAGAGGAAGAGAUCUUAACAGAGGAAGCAGAAUCGGAGGUCCCUGAGGAAGAGCAGGUAGAAGAGGAAGCAGUGGAGGUCCCUGAGGAAGAGGAGAUAGAGGAGGAACCAGUGGAGGUCCCUGAGGAAGAGGAGGUAGAGGAGGAAGCAGUGGAGGUCCCUGAGGAAGAGGAGCUAAAGGAGGAAGCAGUGGAGGUCCCUGAGGAAGAGGAGGUAAAGCAGGAAGCAGUGGAGGUCCCUGAGGAAGAGCAGGUAGAAGAGGAAGCAGUGGAGGUCCCUGAGGAAGAGGAGGUAGAGGAGGAAGUAGUGGAGGUCCCUGAGGAAGAGGUGGUAGAGGAGGAAGCAGUGGAGGUCCCUGAGGAAGAGGAGGUAGAGGAGGAAGCAGUGGAGGUCCCUGAGGAAGAGGAGGUAGAGGAGGAAGUAGUGGAGGUCCCUGAGGAAGAGGAGGUAAAGGAGGAAGCAGUGGAGGUCCCUGAGGAAGAGGAGGUAAAGGAGGAAGCAGUGGAGGUCCCUGAGGAAGAGGAGGUAAAGGAGGAAGCAGUGGAGGUCCCUGCGGAAGAGGAGGAAGCAGUGGAGGUCCCCGAGGAAGAAGAGGUAGAGGAGGAAGCAGUGGAGGUUCCUGAGGAAGAGGUGGUAGAAGAGGAAGUAGUGGAGGUCCCUGAGGAAGAGGUGGUAGAGGAGGAAGCAGUGGAGGUCCCUGAGGAAGAGGAGGUAGAGGAGGAAGUAGUGGAGGUCCCUGAGGAAGAGGAGGAAGCAGUGGAGGUCCCUGAGGAAGAGGAGGUAGAGGAGGAAGUAGUGGAGGUCCCUCAGGAAGAGGAGGAAGCAGUGGAGGUCCCUGAGGAAGAGGAGGUAGAGGAGGAAGCAGUGGAGGUCCCUGAGGAAGAGGAGGAAGCAGUGGAGGUCCCUGAGGAAGAGGAGGAAGCAGUGGAGGUCCCUGAGGAAGAGGAGGAAGCAGUGGAGGUCUCUGAGGAAGAGGAGGUAGAAGAGGAAGCAGUGGAGGUCUCUGAGGUAAAGGUGGUAGAGGAGGAAGCAGUGGAGGUCCCUGAGGAAGAGGAGGUAGAGGAGGAAGUAGUGGAGGUCUCUGAUACUGCAGAGGUUCUAGAAGAAGAAGCUGAACCCUCAGAAAACCUUGAGUACUACAUCCUAGAGACAGAGACCAUAGAAGAGUUGGAGGAAGUGAAACCUGCCUUUGUCCCUGUGGAAACGAUGGAAGAUCCCGAGCCAGCUGAGAGCCUUAAUGUCCCCGAGAAUGCCAUGGAGACUGUACCCCCAGAUGAGCCUGAAGAAGAGGCUAACGAGGUGUUGGGUCAUCCAGAAAUAUCAGGAUAUGGAGAGGAAGUUAAGAGCUUAGAGGACGGACCAAUCAUCGAGGAGCCAGUAACUGGAGAGGAUGCCUUGGAGGUGGAGGAAGAGGUGGCAAAAGAAGAAGUGGUGAUGGAACUUCUGGACAUGACUGAGACCUCGGUGGAGGACCUGGUAGAAGAUGAGAUAAUGUUGGUCGACGAGGCUGUUUCAGAGGCCGCUUACCCUACCACUCUUUCUGCAGAGAAGGAGUCGCCCUUCACCCAAGUCUCUGAUGCCAUAGUAGAAGAAGAGGCAAUAGAGGCCACGGGCCUAGACACAGCCCCAGAACCGGAGGCAGAAGCAAAGGACCAGGGGGUCACCCCAGCUCUCACACCUGCCAAGUAUUACCCUGGCCCAGACAUUUCCAUCACUCUAGAGCUACAGACGAUCGACCCUGUGACAGACUAUGACCUGGUCCCCUUCGGUGGCACCAACCAAACAGAGGAGGGAAGCAGCGGGUACCCCUCUGGAGGGGUACAUGGUGUGGACCACAGCGUUGCCAUGCCAAUCAACCCUGGGCGGGCGCUGAUGGUGUUCUUCAGUCUGAGGGUAACCAACAUGAAGUUCUCAGAUGACCUCUUCAAUAAGAGCUCCCCGGAAUACAAGGCCCUGGAACAAAGGUUCAUAGAGCUGCUGCUCCCCUACCUCCAGUCCAACCUUAGUAACUUCCAGAACCUGGAGAUCCUGAACUUCCGGAACGGGAGUAUUGUGGUCAACAGCCGGAUGAAGUUCGGGAAGCCGGUGCCUCGCGGCGUCAACAACGUAGUCUACCUGAUCCUGGAAGACUUCGCUAACACAGCCUACAAGACCAUGAACCUGGCCAUCGACAAGUACUCACUGGACGUAGAGUCAGGUGACCAGGCGAACCAGUGUAAGUUCCAGGCGUGUAAUGAGUUUGCACAGUGUUCUGUGAACCGCUGGUCUGGCGAGGCGGAGUGUGUGUGUAACGCUGGGUACUUCAGUGUGGACGGACUGCCCUGUCAGAGCAUAUGUGACCUACAGACAGACUUCUGUAUGAAUGACGGGAAGUGUGACAUCAUACCUGGACAGGGGGCCAUCUGCAGAUGUCGUGUAGGGGAAAACUGGUGGUACCGUGGAGAACACUGUGAGGAGUACGUGUCAGAACCUCUGGUGGUCGGCAUAGCGAUUGCCUCCGUAGCCGGUUUCCUAUUGGUGGCUUCCGGUGUGAUCUUCUUCCUGGCAAGGACACUACGGGAUCAGUACGAUAAGGAUGAGACAGAAGACCCCUUACGGCGAGGGGAGAGUAUCCCGUCUCUAGAGAGGGCCACUAAGUACAACCCCAUGUAUGAGAGUGAGGCUACGACGGGCUAUAGCCACUACUACCGCCGCUACCCAGAAGCCCCAGUCUACAGCAGCGCCAGCGCCGAGGCCUCCACAGACUUCAGCAGCGAGGAAAUACGCCACAUCUACGAGAACAGCGAACUGACCAAGGAGGAAAUCCAGGACAGGAUACGCAUCAUCGAGCUCUACGCGAAGGACCGGCAGUUUGCAGACUUUGUGCGGCAGCAUCAAACUGCCCUGGAUACACGCAGAGAGAGUGCUCUUGAUACACACAGAGAGAGCGCUCUUGAUACACACAGAGAGAGCGUGUCCACGUAGACCUGUACGGGACUCUCAGCUGUAUGCUGUGAAAAACGGGGUGCCCUAUUCUCUUGUCCCACCCUUCUUCCUCUUUUCUCAGUGUCUUCUCUCGAUUGGGUGAGCUCUGCUGGAAUGGGUGUGGUGGCUGGGGGCAGAUCCGCUGCUCAUUGGAUAUCUUCCUUCUGGGGGAAGACCCGCCUCCCUCCAUUUGGAAUCAUAUUUGUUACCUGAAAUGAUGACAUACGAAAUGCAAUGCGGUCUAGGAUACCUGUUCUUCAGGUAGCAGAUAAGACAUGAUAAAGAGUCUUUCCUCUUGCAUUUAACGUCAUAUCUCAGCUCGUAGUGGUUGAGGAAAGUGUGAAUGUUGGAUGUGUACUUUAACGUGUCAUUGUCACUCUAUCUGCUGUUGUACAUAUUAUGUAUGAACUAGAGCCAGUUCUCAAAGGAAUGGUUUAUAUCAGGGGUGCAUAGCUCAGGCCUUCAGGUAACUCAGGCCUUCAGGUAACUCAAGCCUUCAGGUAACUCAAGCCUUCAGGUAACUCAGGCCUUCAGGUAACUCAGGCCUUCAGGUAACUCAGGCCUUCAGGUAACUCAAGCCUUCAGGUAACUCAAGCCUUCAGGUAACUCAGGCCUUCAGGUAACUCAGGUCCUCUGCAGGCACUAAAACCAGCCGACAUUGUUGCCCUCUGGACCAGAGCUGUGUGCCCUUGUUCUAUACCCAGCUGUAGGUUGUGGGAGAUUGAGAGCAGCUGACUGGCCAGUGUCUGUGCUGUCCUUGGUGCUAUGGGGCCUGUCUCUGUUGUCUGGGUUUCUGGCCAGUAGUAAGCCUCGGUAGUGUUCUCCUGAAGUUGGGCAGAAACUAGCUGGAUGCACUUUGUUGGCAAAUCUCAAGUCUCAGCCCUGUACGGCACUGGUAAUGCACUUUCUUUCAGGAAAAGUGGAAAAUGUGGGGUACAUCUUCCAUUUGAAUUCUGCUGCAAUAAAUUCCCUUCUUUCUCUCCCUUUCUCUCUCACUCUACAUCAGGAAUCAGUUUGUUUUCGGUAUAAAUAAAAUGUUAUGAGAGGGAGGGAGAUGGCGAGCGAGAUUAGAGAGAGACAGGGAGAGAGAGGGGAGAGGAGAGAGAGA